AUGGGGACCCGACUGCUUCUCCUGCUGCUCUCGGGAGCCCUAGCCUUGACUGAGACCUGGGCGGGUACGCACACCCUGAAAAUUUUCAGCACCGCGGUGUACUGUCGGGGCGGCAGGAAGUCCCGGUACAUCGGCGUCAGCUACGCGGACAACGCGGAGAUCGCGCAGUUCGACAGCGACGCCCCGAACCCGAGGCUGGAGCUGCGGGCACCAUGGAUGGAGAAGGAGAGGCCGGACUAUUGGAACCAGGGGACAGGGUUUUGCCUGCGCGAAGCACAGAUUAACCAAGCGAACCUGAACAAGCUGCGCGCCAACUACAAGCACAGCGAGGACCGUGAGCCGCGAGUGCCCGGGUCCCGGUCACCACCCCCAUCCCCACGGACGCACGGGCCUUUGUCACCCCAAGUCUCUGGGUCCGAGUGUCACCUCCAGGCUUCAGAACCCGCCAGUCCCCUUCCUGGGAGGAGCGCGCGGGAAUUUUGAUCUGGUUUCAUUUUCAAUUUAGCUUUAAUUACCACGGGUCAGGUUCGGACGACUG